AUGAAAGAAGUGAUCCGGGCCCUGCCCAGGAUCAAAGAACACCACAUUCGCGAAAACUACGCUCCUCCCAGCAAUGACCAGUACCAUUCCUACGUCCAAGACAACAUGAAAAACCUCUACCGAAAGAACCAGCCGAUUUUUCUUUGGGACGGAACGCCAAUUCACACCGGCGCGAAGCCAUCUAUUGGAGCUGACCACAAGUUUAUUUAUGGCUACUUCCGGGGUCAGCAUGGAAAGAAGCGGGGUGCUCAUUUUGUCGGGCAGAAUCGACAAUACGGAACGAAAUGGACCAAUUCCAUGCAGCUUUUGCCCAGGCAUCAAUUCGACUUUGACGAGCGCACAAAUAAAAUCUACGAACCAAUAACUCUCUGGGACAUUCAACGACUAGUCGAGCUCGGUCGACUUGAUCCAACAAAAAUCAUCGACAUCACCGCUAUCAUCAAUGCUAGAGCCAUGGCUCCCGCCGACUUUUUCUGGAGCGAAGAUAUCAUGGGAUUAAGACUAGUUGCUGACGGAAAGAAUGAGUUUUGCUCAAAGUUGAAUAUUGAGUUUCAAAUGGCAGACAGAGAGGCAAUCGCCGCGGUAGAAAAGUGCGGUGGAAAAUUCACCGCUGCGUUUUACGACAGAAAAUCCAUCGAGCUCGCCGUCAACCCUGUCGAUUUUUUCCUCAAAGGAAAGCCAGUUUUGAAGCGGCAACUUCCACCGCCAUAUCUUCUCAAAUACUAUGUUUCUCCGGAGAUGAGGGGUUACUUGGCCGACAAAGAUUUGGUCAAUUUCGAUAGACAGAAACUUGCAAAGGAACUUGGUUAUGAAAGUGUAGAUAUUUCAAAUUGUGACAUAAUGAAAAUGGAGAAAAGUCCGCGGCAGAUAUGAAAGACCUUUAUACGUCACCCUAUACGCGACUCAAUCUACGCAAACAAGUCUGCUUUCUGCCUCGUGAAAAACAAGACGCGUUCGAGGACGCUGUUUGAUUAUUUCGAAGAGAACAUAGAAAUUGAGCCGGAAGCGUUGUCGAUCGAUUUGGAAAGGGAUUAUGUGGAUGCGUACUGGCAGGCAAUGUCAGCGCGCGAGCAGCUUAUCGAGAAGCACAGUAAAGAGCUUUCGAGGUUCUGCUCUGUUUCAUUGAGGAAAAAUGAAAACUGUGACUCGUAUCAUAUGACAGUUUUAAAUGGAAACUAUGAGACUAUUUAUGAUAGGAAGAAAUUUCAACCGCCGGAUAAAGAAGAUAGAGACAGUUUAAUCGAGAUUUUUGAUAAUCAUUAUAUUAUCGCGUUUAUGGCUGCGGAGAUUUUCGCUACUGUUGGAUACAGGCCAGAUUGGAAAAGAGUAGUGAAUCUCCCUUACGAUCCGUACGUCUACCGCCGCAUUCUGUAUUCUGCUGAGUUGACUUUCAUGCAAAUCAUCGAUCCCAUGACGCUAGAAGCCAUGGCUCGCCACAUUCUGCACCUGGACUGCUUCGACGAAUUCUCAAACUACGAAUCGGUUCAGUACUUGAUGGAAAUUUUUCAAAGAGUCUUUCUGUACGAAAACGAAAAGGCACGGCUGUAUGAAGGCCAAGCGAGUAUCGUCAAACUCAAGGACGUUUAUGUCGACUUGGUGCUCGAUGGAAAGGAAAAUUUUAAUUGGACGGAAGUUGAAAAACGCAAAUUCCACAAGCUGCAAAAAAUGGACUUUGAUGAUGAUGAAUUCGACGAUGACGAGUACGACUUCGAGGACGACGAAGAGGACGAGGAAGAAGAUUUUGAAGAGGAUGUUGUCGUCGCGACAAUCGAAGCAGAGCCGAAAAAAGAACCUAAACUUGUUGAAUUGUUCAACACAGAAGAUGUCUUCCGCUAUUUACAAGAAAUCUUAAAAGAGCUCGCCCAGAUAACCGACCUGCCCAAAACCGUACUGCGCCUUCUACUAAACGAUUACAAAUGGGACAAGAGCGAUUUCCUCGAAAAAUUCUACGAAAAUCCUACUCGUUUGCUCAAAGGAAUCACCUCCUCUCAAAGUAAUCAAUCGCAAAAUUCUCAGAAAUGCCAAGAUUGCCAGACAUUUGAUUGUGAUAUCUGUAUCAUGGAAUUUGAAACAGAAGAGUCAACUGGAACUUCCAAUUGUCAACACCGCUUUUGUAAAAGCUGCUUUGUGUAUUAUAUAAAAGAAAAAAUCAACAACGGAACCUCAUUACUCAGAUGCCCAGCUCACAAGUGCCUCGCAUGCAUCGAAGACUCCCAAAUACUCGAACUCCUGUCCAGUGAUCCCGCAACUUCCAAAAGAUUCAAAAGAAAUCUCGUUAAUGCAUUUGUUACGAGCCACCCGAGGACGACAUUCUGCGCCCAGCCAGACUGCGAAAUGAUCUUCAAGGCAAAUCAAGCCGAUGCGAACAAAGAUAUCGGCAGCGAAAUAAACUGUUCUUGCGGCGAAGCACUCUGUUCCCGAUGCGGGGAGACCUGGCACAGUCCAGUGAAAUGCAGUCUUUUGAAAAAAUGGCGGAGAAAGUGCGAAGAUGACUCGGAAACAUUCAACUGGAUACAUGCAAAUACAAAGGACUGUCCAAAAUGUCACACAACAAUCGAAAAAGACGGUGGAUGCAAUCAUGUUGUUUGUAAAAGCCCUUCCUGUAAAUACGAGUUCUGCUGGGUAUGCCUGGGAAACUGGGACAAGCAUGGCUCCUCUUUCUAUAAUUGUAACCGCUACAAUGAAGAGAAAGAUACGAUGAAGGAAAGCCAAGAGCGCUCGAGGCAGAAUCUCAACAGAUAUGUUCACUAUUACAACAGACAGAAAAACCACGAAGAGUCGAUCAACCUCGAGCACAAACUCAAAGCAACGGUCAACGAAAAGAUCCACGAACUGAUGACGAGAGACAUGUCCUGGGUGGAAGUAGAAUUCUUGAACACGGCAGUGGAUAUUUUACGCUCCUCGAGAAGGUGUUUGAUGUUCAGUUAUGUUUUUGCUUUUUACCUGAAGAAGACCAACUCGGCUGAAAUUUUUGAGGACAAUCAGGGUGAUCUGGAAGGGGCGACAGAAGAUCUUUCGGGCUUUCUCGAGCGGCGCUUGCCCUCUUCGUCGGAAGAAAUCGGAGAAGUCAAGCGACGCGUGCAAGAUAAAGCGAGAUAUUGUCAUGAGCGAUCAAAACGAUUGAUAGAACAUGUAUUCGAAGGCUAUUCAAACGACUCGUGGCAGUACACUGAUAAAUACUACUAA